AUGGCUUUCAAGACGCUCACGGGCAAAGCUGCGGCUGCCCUGGACAAGGAGCUCAUGAGCACCUGUGCCUUUUCCAUCGACCAGCUCAUGGAGCUCGCCGGACUUUCAGUGUCCCAAGUUGUCUACCGCGUUCAUCCCCCUAACAAAGGCCGCAGAGUCCUCGUAGCCUGCGGCCCGGGCAACAAUGCGGAUGUAGGCGGCGAUGGCCUUGUUGCGGCAAGACACCUUCGUCAUUAUGGAUAUGAACCAUCGAUCUAUUAUCCCAAGCGCAGCAAAUAUGAACUGUACCAGCGUCUAGCCAAGCAACUCGAGGAUCUUAAUGUUCCGUUCGUCGAUGAUUUCCCCAAGGCGCUGCAGGGAACCGACCACGUCGUUGACGCCAUCUUCGGUUUCAGUUUCUCCGGCGAAGUUCGCGAGCCUUUCCCGGCCGUCAUCAAAGCCCUGGAGGAGACCAAGGUGCCAGUAACAUCUGUCGACGCACCAUCGUCGUGGAACAUCGAAGAAGGUCCGCCGAAGUCUGGUCUCGGCAGCAGCUUCAACCCUGCGGUGCUCAUCAGCCUCACUGCGCCGAAGCCACUGGUGAAGCACUUCAAAGGCCGGCACUUCAUCGGUGGAAGGCCCGUACCCCCAUGCAAGAACGCCACUAGGUUCCAAGGUGCCCUUCUAACGCUGGAUGCAGGGGAUCGACCAGAUCGUCGAGGUCGGUCCGAGCGGUGA